UUGCGCAUACACACGCAAAUUGCAAUCUUAUUCAUUUUUUUUUUUUUCUCUCACUUAGUCAGAAUGAGUUGUAGCUCAGAAGAGAAUGGUGCAUGCACAUCUCAGAAGAAAUACAAGGGAGUUCGGCAAAGGAAAUGGGGCAAGUGGGUGUCUGAAAUUCGAGUCCCAGGCACGCAAGAGAGGCUUUGGCUUGGUUCUUAUUCAACACAAGAGGCUGCAGCUAUGGCUCGUGAUGUUGCUUUUUAUUGUCUUCACAAGCCAUCAACUUUGGAAAAGCUUAACUUUCCAUCCAUGUUAUCUUCGUGUAGUUUGAGGACUGACUUGUCUCCAAGGUCAGUGCAAAAGGCAGCCUCGGAUGCUGGCAUGGCUAUUGAUGCUCAGUUGAUCACAGAAAGGUUGCCGGAAAGUAAUGAAAGGAAGGAGUUUGAUCAUGGUCAUGGUCAUAGCGGUGGUGGUGGUGGUGGUGGUGGAGGUCAUGGUUUGGGGACUGGGUUUUGGGAAAAUGGGGGAGACAAUAAUUAUGGGACUACUUCAUGGCAAGGAAGUGAGUUUAAGGAAGAAGAGGGUUUGAGUAUUUCCAUUGAAGACUACCUUUAACUGGUUUGUAGUUUUUGGUUUUAUGAUUAUCAUAUGUAGCUUUUGCUUGUAUAUAGGUAGGUAGUAAUGUUUGAAGCAUAACUAUUUACUCUUUUUUUUUUUUUCAAAUUGGUUGACUUGAUAACUUAUGAUUGGAGUAAUAUCAUUAUCCCAACGUUUACACUAAAGUUGAUAACAAUCAUAACGUAUCAUCUCAUCAGUUCUGAAAAAGAUUAAGAAAAUUGUUAUGUUUUUCAUACUUUUUGAUAUGUAAUUGGGGACAAUGGUACUGUCGUUAUUCCCAAGUAGUUGAUGAUAUAUAUACAUUGCUCCUCAGUGUUGCUUCCUCUCCA